UUGCAUCACUAUUAACCAGAAAGGUCAGUGACUGACGAAAAUGGCGAUCAUCCGAUAACCGUGUAGCCGCCGAAGAAGAAGGUUUUAGAAGGAAGAUGGUGUUUUGGGAGAUAACUCUAGGAACAGCUUACUUCUUGGGACUGAGACGGACUUAUAGGCUCGCUUUGAAGAUCCAGCGUCGGAUUGUUAGUCCGAAACAUCCCAAAAUCCGCCAUUUUCUUCAUCGGAGGACUCGUAAAAUCUUCGAUGUGGCGAUUUCGGUUCACAAGAACAUACAAGAAAGAGACAUAGAAGUUGGUAGGAAUCUUGGAAACUGGAUUCUCCGUUGGCUUGAUCGGAUGAAACCAGCAGCUCAGAUACGUACUCGACCAGAACUACCACAUAACAGCAAUUCGAACAUGGGCAAGGCAAAGAGACUAACGGAAUUGUCCCAGCCAAAAUCGCACACGAACACGACGCAGACUCCUCAAAACCGUGAGUCCGGUAGGCACUUGUUCUCCUCACUGAAUCAUUUCCGGCACAAGCCAUUCCCGUCUGUCUCUAUGAUGAUCCAACCACCGAGACCCAAUGGAACUACGACUCAGUACAGACAUUACAGUGGCGGUCUAGCCGGAAGUCUUAUUCAACCGAGCUAUGUUACAGGUGGCAGGUUUGAUGGUGUAAUCAGGAAAGACAUUUUGCAGUGGAUAGCACAGAGAUGAAAGAUGAAGCAGCAAAAUCCCAUCUAAGUUCUAAUCUUUCUCUCGACAUAAUUGAGCCUCUCUCUUUUUUAACUUUUAAUUGCAGAAACUGGUGUGAUAGUGGAUAGAUUCGGAAACAAGUAUGUAGAAAACAUGACAAUGUCUUUUUCUUUUAUUAACGCUUAAAUAAAGUUUCAUUUACAUU